GAAAAGCAGGGUGCAUAACGCCACCGCGUCACUUUGAGGGCGGAUAUUGGCCGGUCCUCCUCCUCUCCUCUUCCUCCUGGAACAGUCUUGCCCGCACUCUCUCACUCGGCUUCCAUCAGUCUUCAUGGUUCUGAUCUCACCCCACGCAAUGCAAGCCACCCGGGCGUCCGCCACCGUCAGUGUGGUUUCAGACUGUGGAAUCCCUGCCGGGCUCAGGAUAGGUCCGGUUCCUGGCGUCUUUAAAUUGGGGAAGUACUUGUCAGACCGCAAAGAAGUUGGGCCCAAGAAAAAGAUUCGCUUGGUGCGGGAAGAGUGUGUGGAUGAGUCCGGCUGUCCCGUGUCAGACUGGAUCGGAUGCAUCCGAGCCGCCAGAAACAGUCAAGAACAAAAUCUAGAGGCUGUGUCUGACCUACCUGGCGGACAGAUAUUUUACCGCGUGAUGAGAGAAAUUCCUGCGGGAGAAGAGCUCAGUGUUUGGUACUCUAACACUUUGGCCCAGUGGUAUGACGUGCCCACGACGGCCACCCCCACGCACGACGAGAAAGGCGAAGAGCGUUACAUCUGUUGGUACUGCUGGAGAAUCUUUAAAUACCCCAACACACUCAAAGCCCACGUCCACUUCCAUUGCGCUCUGAGCAACGGGCGCGGGUUCGUGAACAGUGAGCAAAUCAGAGGCACGGAGACCUUCAGCAGGUCACCAAAAUCUGGAGACAUCCCCAACACGUCUUGCUCGCCCAGGAGUUCACAGACCAUCUCCUCCAUCUCCGACUCCAGCAGGAGGUCGCUGACCUCGCCAUUUUUGGCCAAGGCCGGUCUGCUGAAGAAAAGCAGCUCCGAGGAGCAGGACAGAGCCUUGGACAUGAGCGUCACCUCAUCCCGGAACCAAGGACACAUGCUCGGCCUCGGCGCAGCCUCCUCGAUGCUCACUUCCAUGGGCUUUCACCCAGGUGUCCGUUCCGCAUUCAAGCCAACAGGCGUCGCUAAGGUCCCGAGCGGUGACGCGCAUCGAGAGGACGCCAGCUCCAAGCUGGGCGCUUUGGGAUUCGGCAAAGCCGCGGGGAACAUGAAACCGAUGCGAAACGCGGUGGGCGAGGCGCUCAACGGAAGCGGGAACCCCGCGGCCAAAUGCGCCCCAGGGCUGGUUGACUCCGCCAGCGUGGUGCCGUGUGCCAACGCCAUCAGAGGCUUCCCGCUUCUCCCUCACAUAGAGGAAACAUCGGCUUUCAAACACGUCGAGAGUCGAGUGCACGCCGGGCUGUCGCCGUCCCGCUACCCGCACAUGCACCCGGGACUCCACUUUGAAAGGUUCUCUUUGCCCAACUUUGACGGCGUCAAGACUUACGGCGGAGACUGUAACAUCCCCCUGAUGCCCUUCACCGUUUACAACGGAGAGCUUCUGUACAGUUCGCCCUAUUACCCUCUUAAAUUCCACUUCAGCAAUCUCCUCAAGUACCCGGAGUCCAUGCCUUACUUUGGCGCGCCCUCCCUAAACCAAGACAUGGGCACCAUCACCAACAUUGACCGGGAAAUUGCCAUGCACACGCAACAGCUCUCCGAAAUCGCGAAUGAGAAGAACCGGACCAGACUCGACCCUUUGCCCGCGGGAAGCACCAGCAACGCCAACUCAGGCAAACCAAAAAAGGGACACUUGUGUCUGUAUUGCGGCAAACUGUACUCCAGGAAAUACGGCCUGAAAAUCCAUAUGAGGACUCACACCGGCUACAAGCCGCUCAAGUGCAAAGUCUGCUUCCGGCCCUUCGGGGACCCAAGCAACCUGAACAAGCACAUUCGACUCCACGCGGAGGGCAACACCCCCUACAGGUGCGACUUCUGCGGCAAAGUUCUGGUGCGGAGGAGAGAUUUGGAGAGACACGUCAAAUCCAGACAUCCCGGCCAGAGCAUCAAGAAGUUGGACGACAAGGCGGGCCUGUUCGAGGACGCCGAGCUGAAGAGCGACAACGACAGCGACGUGGACGUCUGCUUCACCGACGACCAAAGUGAGCCCGAAUCCAGCAAGAAUAACGACUGAGACGCUCAAACAAAACAACAAACAAACAAACGUCAAUAUGAAUAAAACUGGUUUUGUGUACGCCCCGCCCGCACCCAAAAGAUUUUAUUUAUACCCUCCACACUUCGGACCGCACCAGCCAGUUUAUUCCAAUUUAUUGAACUUUUAUUGCGCUUUUCCGUAAUAAUAUAAGGACCGUACAAUAAUCAAGUGCUGUUAUAGUCGCUGGAUGAAACUCGAUCGAAUUGUUACAAUGCAAAAUGCCAAGGUUUUUUUUCUUCCCUUCAGUGUUUGACGCACUCUGCCGCCUUUCUUAAUUUCACAAAAAGAUUGAAAUGGAAGUGUCACCACUUCAGUUUGUGUUUUUUUAUUUCGAACUUUUUAUUCCGCAUUGAUAAAAGCAGGUCUUUUUUUAGACACAUCUUUUUUUGCUUCACGCAACAUACCUUUAUACCAGCUGAACAGCUGAACACGCAUUCCAACAUAUAUAACACGAAAAUGCCACAUUCUGUUUAUUUUGUUUACCAGUGACCGGUAAAAUGAACAUAUAGGCCUACUGUUCCCAAUCGUCACAAUUCCCUGACAGCGAUUUUAACUGCACUUUAAUAUUAUUAUGACAAUGAAACACGUAUUUCCUUAGCUUCAUUUAAGACCCAUCUCACUGCGCCUCUCUAAAUAAAUGCACUUAAAUUUGCACUUUCUUGCGGAGGCACGCUGUUCUUAAAAAAGCAAACACCUGUGUUUAUUUAUGGGACUAUUUCUGAUAGAAAAAAAGUGUAUUGUAUGUAAAAAUGAGUAAAGUAUGAUAUUUCACAUUACGGUGUCGUACAAGUGUGUUUUUACGUCAUAUUGUCGACGAGGACAAUAUUUUACCCUUGUUCUAAAUGUGGUUGCCUUUUUUAAA